ACUAAUUAAAGGAACAAGCUAUUCGAUACUGAACACCCGGAAGUAAAAUUAAAAUGUAAACAUGACAGCUGUGUGGCAACAAGCACUCGCUUUAGAUGCAAAGUUCAAUGCUUAUAGAACGCCGAGCAAUCCACAGUUUAAAACUUUGUACAUUCGACGGAAAAGUCAACUUCUACGCGAAAGUGCUAAGUCUGGGAGGGACCCAGCAGUGAGGAAAGAAUUUCUUCCCAUUCGUGCUCAACUCUUAACAGCCAAAUAUGGAAGUCCUGCCUACUCAGAUCAAGGGAGUAUUAGAAGUAGAUCCUUUAGUAUGAGAAGUGUUGGUCGUAAUACAUUAGAGAGCUUUGAUAAUUUGGCAAUAUCUGAUGGAAAGAAGCACCACCGGCGCCACCAGAGUAGUGGUUCCAUCAGAAUGUCUUUUGAUGGACCUAUGAAAAGAGUGUUUGACAGCAUUGAACUGGUUCCUACCAAGGAGGCAGAUGCUAGCAGGGCAAUGGCAGGGGGAAAGACAAUCUCUGAAAACUAUGCAUUUGCAGGAAUGCAUCACAUUUUUGACCAACACACUGCUGCAGUGAGUAGUGUGAAGUUUGCCAAUGAUGACCGGACUCGAGUAGCCUGCUCCUCCUUAGAUGGGUCACUGUCCAUCUGUCAAGUGAUCCCCCCUCCCGCCACUGUAAUCUGUAUGCUGAAGGGACACAAGAGAGGAGUCAAAGAUUUUGUUUGGUCCUUAUCCAAUGACAUUAUUCUGAGUGUGUCACUAGAUGGCACUGCCAAGCUUUGGGAUGUAGCCGCAGGAAGUUGCAUCAGAACUAUUGAGGAUGAACAAGGGGGAGAACUCUUGUGUUGUGCUUUUCAACCUCUAAACAACAAUAUGUUUGUUACUGGAAGUAGUAAGCAUACUGUGCAAGUGAUCAAUGUAUCUACAGGAAAGGGAGUCAAGGGUGGCAGCGGCAAAGUAACAGGAGGAGUGAUGGCCCUGACCUUUGACCCUACAGGUCAUAUUUUAUGGGCUGGUGAUGAUAAAGGGGCCAUCUUUUCAUUCACUAUAGAUAUAGCCACUGGAAAGUUGACUAAAACAAGAAGGAUUACAGUGUCAGAGGGUCACCCAAUCACCAGUAUCUCGGCCCGAGCCUGGAUCAGCAGGGAAGCCAGGGACCCCUCUCUUCUUGUCAACUCCUGCAUCAAUGCCAUGUGUUUAUUCAGGAUUAUCACAGAUGAUGGUGGCCUGCAACUGAAGAAAACUUUCCCAGUGAAGCAGAAGAGGUCACACAUUAGGAGUACGUUCUGCCCUCUCAUGUCUUUCCGACAAGGGGCCUGUGUUAUUUCUGGAAGUGAAGACAUGUGCGUUUAUUUUUUUGACAUUGGAAAGGACAGCAAGCCAUGUGUGAAUAAACUUCUAGGUCAUUCUGCUCCGGUUCUCGACGUCUGUUUUAACUGUGAUGAGAGUUUGCUAGCAUCUUGUGAUGAACAGGGACUAGUCAUUAUUUGGAAACGAGAGGGGAAACAAGGAGCAUUAUAGCACACAACUUGUUGAGGAAUCAAUGAAUAUACACUUACCAUUAAUGUAGAUUAUCUGUGGUGCACAUGCAGUAUUGGUAAAUCUAUUUCAAAACUGUAAGAAGCUCUGCUUCAAUCAAAAUUAACUGCUUUCAAAUUGAAGGUUUUGUUCUAUUUAUUUUUUCACACAAAAUACGCACCUGUCAAUCCGAGCUUUGCCUAGUUGCCUGACCAUACUUUUGUGCAACAUCUCAUUCUAAGUAAUUCUAAUACAAGUGCCGAUAUACAUGUAUGUUUAAAUCUUGUGCAAGUUAUCAAGUCAUCGUAUUUGUACAUGUAUCAACAUAUGCUCUUAAUAUCUAAUUAUUAAUGUACCAUUAAACUUAUGAGAGAGAGAGAGAGAGAGAGAGAGAGAGAGAGAGAGAGAGAGAGCAGUUCAUCAAAAUGUGCAAUAUUUAUUUACAAAUAAAUUGUAUAAAAAGUUAUUCAAACCUGUUCUUUUUAGUUGCGAUGAAAUUACACUCAAUACUAAAAGAAUUGCCAUGGUAAAAUAUGGUUCAUCAAAACCAUAGAAUUUUAUGUAAAGACUAUGCUUUUGCCAUCAUCAUAUCAUAGUACUAGUGCUUCGUGUAUAAAUUAAGAUACAGUAUGUAACUAUGUAUUGAAAACUGUUGAUGAUGGAGAAAGGAUCAUUUAAGUCAGAGGUAAGUCAUAAGUACUCAAGCCAAAAGACAAAGUUCUAACAAAGAAUAAUAUCAUGUCUGUUUGUAAUGAGCUUGUAGAUGGGCUAAGAGAAUUAUCUUGUUUACAUGUUUUGCCUAUGACAGAAUGAUU